AUGUUCGACAAGCUCAAGCUAUCCAUCUCGGAGAAAGCCAAAGAGGCACCGCCAGAAGCAGUGUCGAAAGACGAUGUCGAGACCGGUCAGAUCGAAUCGCUCGACGAGGCGGAGCUCUUCCUGCAGGAGCAUGGCAUAACCAACACGCAGCUACAGGAGAUGUUGAACGAUCCGGAGAAAUCAAAAAAGCUGAGACGUCGUGUCGACCGGAUCCUGCUUCCUCUUUUAUGUGGAACAUAUUGUUUGCAAUAUAUCGACAAGCAGGCUCUUUCGUAUAGCGCAGUCUUCGAUCUCUUUUCCGAUGCCAACAUCAGCAGUGAUCAGUACAGCUGGCUCGCUAGUCUGUUCUACUUCGCGUCGCACCAGAAUCCUGCUAACAGUGCAGCUCCAAUCACGCCCUGCUUCAUGAUGAUCGUCGGCAUGUGGUAUUUGCGUCAGGAGCAGCCAUUCCGCGCUGGAUGUUUCUACGCCUGUAACGGUGUUGGGUCAAUGCUUGGCGGUCUCAUCACCUAUGGAAUCGGCCAAAUGGACAGCUUCCCUGUCUGGCGGGGAGUGUUCCUCAUCUGCGGUGGUAUCACUGUUGUCUGGGGUGUCAUCCUGCUCGUCUUCCUGCCCAACAGCAUCCUCACAGCAAAGCGCUUCACCGUCGAGGAGAAGAUUCUCCUCAUCGGGCGAGGAAAGCAGAACCAAACGGGCAUUCUCAACCGCAAGAUCAAAUGGUACCAGAUCCGCGAGGCGCUCAUCGACCCGCAAAUCUGGCUCCUGUUCCUGUUCACCCUGCUGAAUGAGACCAUCAACGGCGGAGUUGCAAAUUUCGGCAAACUCAUCAUCAAAGGCCUCGUCUCCAGCCCCCUCCUAACCACAGCCCUGGGCAUCCCUCAAGGCGCAUUCCAGGUCUUCUUCGUCCUGUCCGGCGGCUACCUCUCGUCGCGCUUCAAGAACGCCCGAACCAUCAUCAUGGUGAUGUACCUGUGUCCGACGAUCAUCGGGAUAUGUCUGCUCUGGCAGCUCCCGCGAAGCAACCGCUACGGCGUGCUGUUCGGCUACUACAUUCUCGGCGCAUAUGUCUCCUCGCUGGUAAUGGCUUUGCAGAUGCCUUCGACCAACACAGCCGGCUAUACCAAGCGGGUGACAUCGACAGCGUUUGUCUUCCUGGCCUACUGCAUCGGCAAUAUCAUCGGCCCGCACGCGUUUCUGGCGGAAGAAGCGCCCAUCUAUCAGACGGGGUGCAAGCUUAUCCUGGCGUGCGCGUUGUGUCAGAUCGCGUGUACUGUUGCCUUGCGGGUGCUCCUGGUUAGUCGCAACCGUCGCAGGGAUAAGAUGGGACUGCCGGCUGGGGAGCAGCAGGAAGAGGUGAUGGAGGAUUUGACGGAUUUUGAGAAUCCGCGAUUCCGAUAUGUUUUGUAA